AUCAGCUGAUCUCGCGAAUCCGCGGGGCUGUCGGGUUUGCGCCCAGAGCUCAGCGCGGCGCUGCCGGUGGAGCUUCAGGUCUUAAUGUGCUUUUUGCAAAAAGGGAAUGAUUUUGUGAUGGAGAAUUCUCCGUGACCGAUGGACUCAAAGAAGAAAAGCUCUACAGAGGCAGAAGGAUCCAAAGAAAGAGGCUUGGUCCAUGUCUGGCAGGCAGGAUCCUUUUCCCUAACACCGGAGAGGUUGCCAGGCUGGGGAGGAAAGACUGUUCUACAAGCAGCCCUGGGAGUGAAGCAUGGAGUUCUUCUGACUGAAGAUGGUGAGGUCUACAGCUUUGGGACCCUUGCCUGGAGAAGUGAACCAGCAGAAGUUUGUCCAAGUAGCCCCAUUCUAGAAAAUGCUUUGGUUGGGCAUCAUGUUGUUACUGUGGCAACAGGGAGCUUCCACAAUGGAGCAGUGACAGAUAGUGGCAUAGUGUACAUGUGGGGGGAGAAUUCUGCUGGCCAGUGUGCAGUAGCUAACCAGCAGUAUGUGCCAGAACCGAACCCUGUCAGCAUUUCUGAUUCGGAGACCAGUCCUUUGUUAGCGGUCAGAAUUUUGCAGUUGGCAUGUGGCGAGGAGCAUACUCUGGCAUUGUCAAUAAGCAGAGAGAUUUGGGCCUGGGGUACCGGUUGCCAGCUGGGUCUCAUCACCACUACCUUCCCAGUGACAAAGCCACAAAAGAUAGAACAUCUUGCUGGGCGAGUGGUGCUACAAAUUGCCUGUGGUGCUUUCCACAGCCUAGCCCUUGUGCAGUGCCUCCCGUCCCAGGAUCUGAAGCCAGUCCCCGAAAGAUGCAACCAGUGCAGCCAGCUCCUAAUUACUAUGACCGACAAAGAAGACCAUGUGAUUAUAUCAGACAGUCAUUGUUGCCCUUUAGGUGUGACGCUGUCAGAAUCCCAGGCAGAAAACCAUGCCAGCACUGCCACCAGCCCCUCCACCAAGACCCUUGAUAGUCAGGGAGAAGUAUUUGAGAACACUCUUGUAGAAACUGGUCUACCUGUUCCAACUGAAUUGAACAUGGGAAGUGUUGAGACUGCGAGUGACAAUGCCAUUUCCUCCCAUCAAAAUGAUGAGGGAACAACUGAAAUUUCUUCCGCCAGAAACUUACCAUCAUACCCCGACACAAAGGCAGUAAAUGAGUACUUGAAGAAAUUGUCAGAUCAUUCAAUAAAGGAAGAUUCAGAGAAGGGUGAAAAAACACCACCACCUCAGUCUCUUGUAGAAGAAGCAGUUCCUAAUCUUCACAGCCCACCAACCACAAGCACCUCAGCCCUCAACAGCUUGGUGGUCUCUUGUGCAUCUGCUGUUGGUGUGAGAGUGGCAGCUACAUAUGAAGCUGGAGCCUCGUCUCUAAAGAAAGUUAUCAACUUUUAUAAUACAGCCCCAUGUGAAACUGGAAUUCAGACAGGCCCUGAACCUCUGAAAGAUAGUAGAGAAGAACAGGUUAAACAGGAAUCAAUGCAAGGAAAGAAAAGUUCAAGUCUCGUGGAUAUCAGAGAGGAAGAAUCUGAGGGAGGCAGUCGCAGACUCUCCCUUCCUGGAUUGCUGUCACAAGUUUCCCCCAGGCUCUUAAGAAAGGCUGCUCGGGUAAAAACGAGAACAGUGGUUCUGACUCCCACAUACAGUGGAGAGGCAGAUGCACUUCUGCCUUCUCUGAGAACUGAGGUGUGGACCUGGGGAAAAGGGAAGGAGGGGCAGCUGGGGCAUGGCGAUGUGCUGCCCAGACUUCAACCAUUGUGUGUCAAAUGUCUGGAUGGAAAAGAAAUCAUCUAUCUGGAGGCAGGUAGUUACCAUUCUCUUGCACUUACUGCAAAAUCUCAGGUUUACUCAUGGGGAAGCAAUACCUUUGGUCAGCUUGGGCAUUCUGAUUUUCCAACAACAGUUCCUCGACUUAUAAAGUUAAGCAGUGAAAAUGGAGUCUGGAAUGUAGCUGCAGGCCAGGAUUAUUCCCUGUUUUUAGUGGAUACAGAAGAUUUCCAGCCUGGAUUGUAUUACAGUGGCCGACAGGACCCUGAAAAAGGUGCCAGUCUUCCAGAGAAUCCUAGUGGUACUAAGACUCCAGUACUUCUCUCUUGUAGCAAGCUUGGAUAUAUAAGCAGAGUAACGGCAGGAAAAGAUAACUAUCUUACAUUGGUAGACAAAAACAUUAUGGGGUAUAUCGCCAGUCUCCAUGAGUUGGCUACUACAGAAAGACGGUUCUAUUCAAAACUAAGUGAUAUCAAGUCUCAGAUACUCAGGCCUCUUCUUGGUUUAGAAAAUUUGGGUACUGUGACUACAGUCCAGCUCUUGCAGGAGGUGGCAAGCCGAUUCAGCAAGCUGUGUUACUUAAUUGGCCAACAUGGAGCCUCACUGAGCAGCUUCCUUCAAGGGGUAAAGGAAGCCAGGAGUUUGGUCAUUCUGAAGCAUGCAAGUCUCUUCUUGGAUAGUUAUACAGAGUAUUGUAUAUCAAUUACAAAUUUCCUGGUUAUGGGCGGAUUCCAACUUCUUGCUAAGCCUGCCAUUGAUUUCCUAAAUAAAAACCAGGAAUUGUUGCAAGAUUUAUCAGAGGUGAAUGAUGAAAAUACUCAAUUAAUGGAAAUACUGAAUACAUUGUUUUUCUUGCCAAUCAGACGACUUCAUAAUUAUGCAAAAGUUUUGCUAAAGCUUGCUACUUGCUUUGAAGUGACAUCUCCAGAGUAUCAGAAACUGCAGGAUUCCAGUUCUUGUUACGAGUCUCUUGCUCUCCAUCUCGGCAGGAAAAGAAAAGAAGCAGAGUAUACAUUGGGUUUCUGGAAGACCUUUCCAGGAAAAAUGACGGAUUCCUUGAGGAAGCCAGAGCGCCGGCUGCUGUGUGAAAGCAGUAACCGAGCCCUCUCUCUGCAGCAUGCUGGCAGGUUUUCUGUGAAUUGGUUCAUUCUCUUUAAUGAUGCCCUCGUCCAUGCCCAGUUCUCCACACACCAUGUAUUCCCUUUGGCCACACUGUGGGCAGAGCCACUUUCUGAAGAAGCUGGAAGUGUGAAUGGCUUGAAGAUAACUACCCCUGAAGAGCAGUUUACUCUGAUAUCAUCAACACCUCAGGAAAAGAUGAGAAAGCAGUAUACUUGGACUUACCCAAAGUAUGGAGAAUACAGAAUCCCAAACAAGGUUCUGAACAAAGAAGAUCAUUAUGUGGGCCACUGGAAAGAAGGAAAGAUGUGUGGCCAAGGUGUCUAUAGUUACGCCUCUGGUGAAGUGUUUGAAGGCUGUUUUCAAGAUAACAUGCGUCAUGGUCAUGGUCUCCUCCGAAGUGGAAAAUUAACUUCUUCUUCUCCCAGCAUGUUCAUUGGCCAGUGGGUGAUGGAUAAGAAAUCAGGAUAUGGUGUCUUUGAUGAUAUCACAAGGGGAGAAAAAUAUAUGGGAAUGUGGCAAGAUGAUGUAUGCCAGGGGAAUGGAGUGGUAGUUACCCAGUUUGGAUUAUAUUAUGAAGGCAACUUCCACGUUAAUAAAAUGAUGGGAAAUGGGGUUUUACUUUCUGAAGAUGACACUAUCUAUGAGGGAGAAUUUUCUGAUGACUGGACUCUAAGUGGAAAGGGAACACUGACUAUGCCAAAUGGAGAUUACAUUGAAGGCUAUUUUAAUGGAGAAUGGGGAUCUGGGAUAAAAAUUACUGGAACUUACUUCAAACCUAGUCUGUAUGAGACUGAUAAAGAUAGACCCAAAGUUUUCAGGAAGCUAGGGAACUUGGCAGUGCCACCAGAUGAGAAGUGGAGAGCAGUGUUUGAUGAGUGUUGGCAUCAGCUGGGCUGUGAGAGCCCAGGCCAAGGGGAAGUUUGGAAAGCAUGGGAUAAUAUUGCUGUGGCUUUGACCAUCAAUCGGCGCCAGCACAAAGACAGUCCAGAAAUACUAAGUCGUUCACAGACUCAGACACUAGAGAGUUUGGAAUUCAUUCCCCAACAUGUUGGUGCCUUCUCUGUGGAGAAAUAUGAAGACAUUAAGAAAUAUUUAAUAAAGGCCUGUGACACUCCACUGCAUCCACUGGGCAGACUUGUGGAGACACUAGUCGCAGUAUAUAGAAUGACAUACGUAGGUGUGGGAGCCAACCGUCGACUACUGCAGGAGGCAGUAAAGGAGAUUAAGUCAUACCUUAAGCGACUUUUCCAGCUAGUGAGGUUCUUAUUUCCUGAACUUCCUGAAGAAGGAAGUACAAUUCCUCUCUCUGCUCCUCUGCCAACUGAAAGGAAAUCAUUUUGCACUGGGAAGUCAGAUUCCAGAUCUGAAUCUCCAGAGCCAGGUUACGUUGUAACAAGUUCUGGAUUACUGCUUCCUGUGCUACUACCUCGGCUCUACCCACCAUUGUUCAUGCUCUAUGCCUUGGAUAAUGAUCGUGAGGAAGACAUUUACUGGGAAUGUGUUCUGCGUUUAAAUAAGCAGACAGAUAUUGCUCUCUUGGGCUUUCUUGGAGUUCAGAAGAAAUUUUGGCCAGUGACCUUGUCAAUCCUUGGAGAGAGUAAAAAGGUUUUACCAACUACGAAAGAUGCUUGUUUUGCUUCAGCAGUAGAAUGCCUGCAGCAGAUCAGCACAACCUUUACCCCAUCAGACAAACUUAAGGUCAUCCAGCAGACUUUUGAAGAGAUCUCUCAGAAUGUCCUGGCAUCACUCCAGGAAGACUUCUUAUGGUCCAUGGAUGACCUUUUCCCCGUUUUCUUAUAUGUGGUGCUACGGGCCAGGAUUAGGAAUUUAGGCUCUGAGGUGCACCUCAUUGAGGACUUGAUGGACCCCUAUCUUCAGCAUGGGGAACAAGGUAUAAUGUUCACCACCUUGAAGGCAUGUUACUACCAGAUUCAGCGUGAGAAGCUUAACUAAACUGCAUAACAGCUUGCAAAUGGGAUUAUCUACCACCAAGCAUUAUAGCGCCAUCUGGAAUCUUCUUGCAGUGACAAAAAAGAACAAUAUUGAAAUUGGAAAGGACUUUGUAUUAUUUGGUCAUUAUUUCUGAGCCUUACUAAUAAUUAGAAUCCUGAGCCCACAGGGGAGACAGAGACUAUAGCUUUAAGAGAGAUGAAAUCUAAUUAGAUCAGUCGUUGGCCUGUGUUCAGUUCCAAAGGUUUCAUACAUCUACUAUUUGGAAAACAAGGCUAUCCAUUCCCACAGAGAAGGAUAUGUCAACCACAUGAUAUUGUAAGAAAAAUUCCCAGCAUGGUCAGCUUCUUACAUUAAAGAAGUUGGUGAAUAUUUUUGAGUUUCUGGUUUGCCUGAAUCCAUCUGCAGCUUCCCUAGAUCCCUUGGCAAGAAGCAGGCUGAAACUAUGCAGCCACACUGCGCCUUCAUAGGCCCUUUCCAGUCACGUGUGCAGCAUGCUUCUGUGCUAGGGAUGGGAAAAGAAAUUUUUAAACUGCAGUUUUAACUUUUUCUAAGCUUUUACACUAGAGUAGUGCAGAGACUACCACACCCUAACCCCAAACAUGGAGAGCAUCCACAUAGCAGUGUUCUGCCACUUGAUUAAAAUCAACAUAGGAAUUUUGUUUUUGGUGUCCUCAGUAACAGAGAGUCAAUACACUGGAAUUCAAAUGCCCAUCAGCAUUUGUCUGUACGCAACACUGGAUUCCAAUGCUUGGGUCUAAAAGUCUUGACAAGCUUCUGCAAGGAACCUGUUAUAUGGAAUACCAAUGAAAGAACUGCAGUAUUCCCCGGCCUUUGUUGUGGUUCUUUACCUCGCACUGAAUCAGAUGGGAAGAAAGAGGAAAGAAGCUUUGGCUUUUCCCAUCUCAAAAGUAUUAUGGCACCUCAACAUUUUAGUGUUUUGUUUUGUUUUGUUUUUUUACUGUCCUACUGUAGGUUGUUGGUGUACACUGUACUAGUGACACUAGUAGCUGUUAUGGAUAAUAUAGGUGCUCUUUAUCAUCUCAACCCAUACGUACCAUAGUGAGCGGACAUAAUGUUCUGAUUAGGUGAAGUGACUCCGCAGAUGUUAACAGCUUCUGAAAAACGAUCAUGGUUCCUGCUCUACUUUCUAAUCAAGACAAAUGUUUGUUAAAAUAUUGUUUUGGAAUGUUGGCUGUAAUGUUACAGCAAUUUUCAUAAUAAAUUUCAUUCAUCUUUA